UUUGUUGGUGAGAUAUAUAAGAAGGCGGUGGGAAAGAAGACGAAAAAUGCUUAUAGAGCUCUCAAAAGCAAAAAUCAUCCGUAACUGUUAACUCCCACCUACAAAAUUAAGGAAUUUAAAGAGAAGAAAAUUGGAAUGAAAAUUUGAGGCAUCAAAGGAAUUGAACUGUUGAAGUGAAGAGCAUCUGCUUUUCGAUCAGUCCCUUCAUCGCGAAUAUUUCACUUUUCAUUUUUCUUGUUUCUUUUCUCUUGUUCUAACAGGUGUCCUUCCACUUUCUUGCUCCAUAUUGUUGGAGGUUCAAGCCCUGUUCAGAAUUAGGGCUUGCCAUUCAUCUGCUACCAAUUUUGCUGCGAGUUCCUCGGGGCUAGGAGAAAAGUUAGAGUUCUGCAAUGGGAAAACAUUCGAAGACCAGUUGCAAGUCGGCCUCCCACAAGCUAUUUAAGGAUAAGGCAAAGAACCGGGUUGAUGAUCUACAAAGUAUAUUUGUAGAUUUGCAGUAUGCAAGGAAAGAGAGCCGCACAGUUGAUGUGACGGUUCUCGAGGAACAAGUCCAUCAGAUGCUUCGCGAGUGGAAAGCUGAGCUGAACGAGCCUUCUCCAGCAUCCUCUUUGCAACAAGGUGGAAGUCUUGGGUCAUUUUCAUCGGACAUUUGUCGAUUGUUACAACUUUGCGAGGAGGAUGAUGAUGCGUCUAGUCCAUUAGCUGCUCCUAAGCCUGAACCUAAUGAACAAAAUUUGCAGGUUGGAGAUACUAUGGCACUUCAAGAGGGAUUUAAUGUGAAUCGUGUACACCAAGAACAAGGCUUCCCUCUAGUGGAUCAACGCAAGAACUCCCCUUCAGGGGUUCAUGGUAUGGCUAUGAAUAACUUGGAAGGACCUGCACAUUUGGAGUGUCAUCAGUUUGAUUUGCAUCAGGGCAUUGAGCACAACUUUUACUCUAUCCUUAAUGGUAGAGGAUUGUGUGGGGAGGGUGCAAUUCCUCAUGUUUCUAGCUACUGUCCCAGCAUUUGCCCUCCACCUGCUGCUUUUUUAGGCCCAAAAUGUGCACUUUGGGAUUGCCCACGACCUGCCCAAGGGAUGGAUUGGUGUGAGGACUACUGUAGCAGCUUCCAUGCUGCCUUAGCAUUGAAUGAAGGCCCUCCUGGAAUGGGUCCAGUUUUACGACCUGGUGGAAUUGGUCUGAAGGAUGGUUUGCUUUUUGCUGCUCUUAGUGCAAAGGCACAAGGGAAAGAUGUUGGUAUCCCUGAAUGUGAAGGAGCUGCCACCGCGAAAUCCCCAUGGAAUGCUCCUGAGCUUUUUGAUCUGUCAAUACUGGAGGGUGAAAUGAUUAGGGAGUGGCUUUUCUUUGAUAAGCCUCGUAGAGCAUUUGAGAGUGGGAAUAGAAAGCAGAGGUCACUGCCUGAUUACAGUGGACGUGGUUGGCAUGAGUCAAGAAAGCAAGUAAUGAAUGAGUUUGGAGGGCUGAAAAGAUCUUAUUACAUGGAUCCUCAGCCAUUGAACCACUUUGAGUGGCAUCUUUAUGAAUAUGAAAUUAACAAGUACGACGCCUGCGCUUUGUAUAGAUUGGAGCUGAAACUUGUUGAUGGGAAAAAAGGUUCUAAGGCAAAGGUAUCUAAUGAUUCAGUUGCUGAUUUACAGAGGCAAAUGGGGAGACUGACUGCUGAAUUUCCUGAUAAUAAACGCUUUGUUAAGGGGAGGACCAGGAUUAACACAAAAGUUGGUCUUGGAAAUGUUUACCCCUCAGGAAAUAGAGUCAUGCCGCCCAGUGGAACAUAUGACUAUAUGCUUCAUGCACAAUAUGACUACCUUGUGGAGAAUUUGAGUGAAUAUUACCUUACAUAGUUAAGAAGCUCAGUUGUCGAAUGAAUUGCAUACUCCCAUGGUUUCCAUCGGAAUAUGAUGGGAUCGAGUUUACGGUUCAUUCUUUCAUAAUUCGGUUUUUCUUUUUGGCCUCAAAUAACAUAAAUAACUUCUUUUUUUCUUUUUUCUUUUUUCUCUCAUGGUAUACUAUCUGAUACUUAUCUUAUGGGAGCUGCGAUGAUUACACCCUCAUAUGGAGCUUCUAACUUCUGGAAAUGGUAAGGCUGGUUGUUUCCCUAAUAUUUUGGGUUACAAUUUGCAUUUGGUAGAUUCUAGAGGGAGAUUAGUCACCUGAAACUCAGCUGAAGCCUUAGUAUUGAUGUAUAUUUGUUUCCGCUGGUGUUGCAAACUCCAAUAAUGGUUUAGUGAUAUGUAAUCCGCUUACAUUAUGUUAUGUUAUGUGGCGGGUAAUACUAGUUUUUAUUUUAUUCCCUGUCAAUUGUCAACAUACACAUCUUGAGUAAUCUUUUCGGUCAUCUCUCAAGAUAUUGAAAUGUAUAUUGCUCGAAGGUUACGACUUGUUAACCAUUAUCAGAAAUGUAGAUUUACUGAAAUAUUUCUUGUUGAA